GAUUAUCAAGCAAAAAGCGGGAUGGUUGGUAGGUAUGCUCUGCGAGCUACUUCGCCGAGGGUUUGCACUUUAAUUAUUUCUAGACACAGUUCUUGCAGUAUGGUCUGCCCAACUUGGCAAAGAAGCUCCCUCCCUCCAGAGGAUUCCUGCAGCUCUGAGAGAGAAAGAGGGAGAGAGGGAGAGAAAAAAGGGAGGUUACAAUGAAAUUAUCAUGUGUCUUUGCUCAGAAUGGGCAUGAUGAGUCAAGAGUUACUAGAAACUCUUAUGUCAGAAUGUCUGAACGUAGUAUACCACUGACCAUCUAUAUAUUAAUCUAGUUUCUCAUCCAAGUCAGAUGAUUCUCUCCAAAUUUGAGAUGGAAAAGUUAAGAGAAGUUUUCAACGGUAUUUCUCGGCCGCAGAUUGUCACAUCUCACCACUGCUUCCCUUUCUCCAUCCAUACAGGCCUCCUCAGUAGGUGCAUAUUCUGUGUUGUCUUGUUGCCCUGACUCUGCUAUGCCAUCAAUAAACCCAGUCGAAAUAGCAACCUUUCUUCAAGCAGAGGGCCUUCUGACCUACAAGGUAUUUAUAGACUUGCCUGUUUUUCUGGGAGAACACCCUAAGAUGUCUUGAAUUGGCUACUUUGUGUUUCUUUGCUUUAUGGAGCUUAUGAACAACAAAUUGCAAUUCUAGAAAGUCAAUAAUGAGAAUGUCUUCCCAGAAUGUGAAUGGUUAAGCCAGAGAGCUACAUAGCUUUAAUUGUGCCAAUCAUCAACAUAAAGCUGAACUUGUGUAGGGGAGGCCUGUUUACUUGGUUCUCGCACUAAUCUGAUCCCAAUGUUGAUACAAAAAUCACCAUUAUUGGGAUUUGCAAAUUUCUAUGCACAUGCUGGAAGCACACAUUGUUCUAACCAUGUGUUUAGUCCUAAGGAAAUUCAAUAGAUUCUCUUCUUCCCUGAGAGAGCUCUUGUGUGUGUGUGGCUAGUGGCUAUGAAUGUCGAUGUUCCACAUUCAUGAGCCCCACCCCACGUUUGUCGCCUCCGUCCACGCGCGCGAGAUACGCCCAUUUCUCUGCAUCGGCUCAAGAAAGUGUUUUGAUGCAUUUUUGGAUCUGACUGGUUGAUUGCGUGAGUGACCACUAUUGUACCAACCUAUUCUGCCCUUAUCUGGAAAAUACUGUUAGUUAUUACAUACAGGCAGUAUCAAUCUAGCCUGCACGCGGCGCGGUGUGCGAAAAAGGGGGCGUGCCUGCUCAACACCAAUGGCCGCUAGAAGAAGGCGCUGCGAUACUUGGUCCAACCAGGCCUUGAGCGAUAAAGACUUGAGAGACGUAAUAAAUGAGCUUCAUCCACUUGUUCACAAGUAUAAGCUUUUUGGCAUACAGCUCGGGGAGAUAGAGUAUAGUGACAUAAAGAGAAUAGAAGCAGAAUGUACUCAAUCCAGUGACCGUUUGCUUGAAGUAAUUUCUCUUCGUUUGAAAAAAACUAAAGCCCUCACAUGGGGAGAUAUAAUCAGUGCUCUUAAAUCCCCAAGUGUGGAUGAGAGUCAGAUAGCAGAGGGCAUACGUAAAAGGUAUGGAAGCCUAACAAGUGAAUCUGAGAAACUGUCAGAAAAGCCACAAAAUAAAUCAUUUACAAGUGAAACUCUGCUCAAAAGGACUCAACAAAAAGUUGAAAUAGUUAAGAAGCGUUCAGAACCAGAAAAAGGAAAAGCCACACAUGAAGCAAAAAGCUGUGAAAGUAAAGUCCAACUAAAAGGUAGGGAAAGAAGUAGUCAAGUACGCAAAGAAUUAUCAGAGCAAAGAGCACAAAAAGAAGUGCCAGAAAAGUCUGAAAGUGAAUCGUCUGCAUCAAGUAGUGAAGAAAUAGUAAAAGCAAACAAAUCUGAAACACAUUCAGAAGAUUCCUCAGAACAAGAGCAAAAUUCAGAUGAGGAGGUAAGGGGAAAAGAAUACCAGAAAACCUCAGAGCAAACCACAGGAGAUGAAUAUGCUUCUGAGAGUGAAACAGAAGUGAAAGAAAAACAACAAAAACCAAAGGGUCUCAAAGUGAAUAUGGAAAGCAAAAAAGGGACCAGCAAUGUAUGGCAAGUGAUACUGGUAACCGACACAAGAGCAGUGAAAGAGAUGCUCAAAAACGGAAGCAAAAAGUGUCAAAAAAGAGUGAAAUUCAAUCGUCUUCAA